AUCCGUAAUGUUCUUCACGCUGCAAGAUUGUUGGCUAAGAAUAAGGGUAAAACGCUGUCUGCAGAAAACGUAAUUAAUGUUAUAAGUAUUGUUCAAGAAUUUAAGCAAGAAACUAGUGAAAUGAGUGAAGAUUGA